UGCCACUGGGCUGAAACUGCUGUUGCUCUAAAACUGUGGCUCGCCAUGCAGGCGCAUCUCAACUGCGUUGGAAAUUGCGUGCACGCCACGCAGCAUUACGAUAAUCACGCAUAAUGUAUCCGCGUUGCAGCUCCGUAUGAACCGAAAGCGAAAGUUUUUGAGUGCGAUAGGAAACAGCCUCGUAUCAGUAUGUCACGUCAGUUGUUUCUCGCGACUAUAAACAAUUGUAAGAUUUCUGUACGGCGCUAAACCAUUUUAUGGUCAUAUUGUCGUUGUGGCUAUAACAGGGGACAUAUAUAAUGUGUUUAUUUGUAUGCAGUGUUUCUAAAAGCAGUUGAAUUUAAUUUGUUGAAAAUAAUUGUAUUGCGUGUUACAUCGGCCUACUAAUCUACUACUACAGAUUUUUUGCGCUUCAUUUGUGAGCUCGACUACUAUACACCGCAGCCGUUGUUGCCUCGUUAAUAAAUAUCCUGUAUCUAGAUCCGUGUGCAAACUUUUAUCUUGCUGUCGUUUUCUUAUACAGGAACUACAUUCAAACUCCGAAUGACCACAAACGAGCUGUGCACUUACUUUGAAUCAUGGCUGCAACCAAAGGGAGACACAUAUAUAUAUACCGCAACGGAUUUUUUUGUGUAUGGUUUUAUAUUUUUUUAGGCUGCUACGGUGUCCCUAAUUAUGUCAUAAACAAGCACAUAUUUCCUUGGGACAAAAUGAGACUUCCGAGUAAUGUCCUCCCAAACCACUAUGAUCUGAGCAUUCACCCGAGUCUUACCACUCUCCACUUUACCGGAUCUGUUAAGAUCGAAGUGGAUAUCAAGCAAGACACGAGUUACAUAGUUCUGCACAGCAAAGAUCUAAAUGUUACGCUGGCAAAGAUUGUACUAGAGGACGACCCGAAGGACGGUAUCGCGGAGCAGACCCUUACGGUCCUGGAGCAUCUACAACACGAGCAGAUUGCCCUGCUGGCCCACGAAAUACUCCGCGGUGGCAAGAAGUAUCAACUUCACAUCCAGUUUCACGCACAGUUGGCGGAUGGCUUCGACGGUUUUUAUAAAAGUAGCUACCGGACCCAAAACGGUGAAAAGAGGAUACUUGCUGCCACCGAUUUCGAGCCUACUGCGGCGAGGAUGGCUUUCCCUUGUUUCGAUGAGCCGCAGCUUAAAGCCACGUUUACCGUUAGGAUAAAGCGGGAAGAGAGCUAUAACGCACUCUCAAAUAUGCCAAAGAUACGAACACUUGAGCUUGGUAAUGGUCUAGUGGAGGAUCAUUUUGCCCAAAGUGUGAGAAUGAGCACCUAUCUGGUGGCAUAUGUAGUGUGUGAUUUCAGAUCUGUCACAGCCAACACAUCCUCAGGAGUAAAGGUCUCAGUGUAUGCAGUUCCUGAGAAGUGGGAUCAAACUCACCAUGCACUUGAAGUUGCAGUAAAACUGCUGGAAUUCUAUGAGAGUUAUUUUGGCAUUAGUUACCCACUGCCAAAACAAGGUAAAAAUGUGAAGCGAUCGAAGACAAGGUUAAAAAUACUGCAAUUUUUUUAUAACUAUUUUAAGUGGCAGACAGUCACAUGUGAGUUUUGUCUUAUAGACCUCAUCGCCAUACCAGAUUUCCAGUCAGGGGCUAUGGAAAACUGGGGCUUAAUUACUUACAGAGAGACUGCACUCCUGUACGAUCCACAGACAUCAUCUGCCCAGGACAAGAUGGAGAUCACCAGAAUCAUAGGGCAUGAGCUAGCUCAUCAGUGGUUUGGCAAUCUGGUGACGAUGGAUUGGUGGAACGACAUCUGGCUGAAUGAAGGCUUUGCCAGGUACAUGGAGAAGGUGUCACUCAGCACCACCUAUCCUGAUAUUCCAGUUGAUGAUUAUUUCUUAAAUGUUUGUUUUGGAGCCAUCUCCAGGGAUUGUCUCAACUCCUCACACCCCAUCUCUAACCCAGCUGAAACUCCAGUUCAGAUUAUGGAGAUGUUUGACACGGUCUCCUAUGACAAGGGUGCGUGUAUCCUAAACAUGCUAAGAGACUUCCUGUCUGAGGAGGUGUUCAGGAGUGGAAUCACACGCUACCUAAAGCUGUACAGCUACCAAAAUGCCAAAAGCAAUGACCUGUGGAACUCCAUAGCAAAUACUUCCUUUGCAGAUACUUUUCCCACGACGGAGUUUUGCUACACUUCCUCCCAAGCUGAAAGGACAGCUCACCGCUACACAUGUUCACAGACCCCAGACAUUAGGAGCAUGAUGGACACCUGGACCAAGCAGAUGGGUAUACCUUUGAUCACAGUGGAGAGGAAAGGGCAGCUGGUGCAAAUCCGACAGGACAGGUUCUUGAAGGGAGUGCUUGAGGAUGACGCAGAGUACCCUGCUCUACAGUCAGGGUACCUGUGGCAUAUUCCUCUCACCUACGUGACCAGCGGAUCCCAGAGAGUGUGGAGACAUUUACUGAAGACAAAGACUGACACAGUUCGUCUGCAAGGAGAAGUGAGCUGGAUAAAAUUCAACGUCGACAUGAAUGGGUAUUACAUGGUGCAUUAUGGAGACAGAGGGUGGGAUGAGCUGAUUUACCUGCUGGAACAUGACUAUUCUGCACUGAGCAGCAAGGACAGGACAAACCUCAUCCACAAUGCCCUUCAGCUUGUCAGUGCUGGAAAGCUGUCAUUGGACAGAGCCUUGGACCUAACUCGCUACCUAAGGAAGGAGACUGACAACAUGCCACUGCUGCAGGGCAUCGCAUACCUCAAUGUGCUUCACUGGAUGAUGGAGAAAAUGGGAAUCCUGGAAACAGCAGGAAAGCUAAAGAAUUAUAUACUUUGGUACUUCAAGGAUGUCAUAGAUAAACAGACAUGGAGCGAUGAUGGCUCUCUGUCUGAAAGGAAGGUUCGAGCUGAGCUUCUGGAGUUGGCCUGUAGCCUUGAAUACCCUCAGUGUGUUGAAAGGGCCUCCAAGAUCUUUAGUGAAUGGGUUUCUUCAAAUGGAGCCAAGAGUGUCCCCACAGUUGUCCUGAGACCAGUGUACCUCGUGGGAGCCCAGCAAACAUCCAACUGGAAUUUCCUCCUUCAGGUUUACAGCCAAACACUGUCCUCUGCUGAGAAAAAAAAGAUUCUGUUUGCACUGACUUGCAGCAAAGACCUUGAGAAGCUCAAUAAAUUGAUUGAUCUGGCUAUGGAAGGGGAGGCAAUCAAAACACAGGAUCUUCCUACAUUGAUUGUUGCCAUCGCUAGAAACCCUGCAGGACACACGCUGGCUUGGAAUUUUGUCCAGAAAAACUGGAAAAAGCUGUUGGAGAAAUUUCAUUUGGGGUCAUCGUCUAUAAGAAAGAUCCUCACAGGAACCAUGUCUAGCUUUGCUUCAGAAAAGGAGCUGGAGCAGGCAAAAGCACUGUUUGACCUGCUAAAAUCCCAGGGACAUGAAUUAAAGGUGACAGAAGUCAUAUUAGAAACAAUCCAGAAGAAUAUCCGAUGGGCAGAGAGGAAUCUGCAUGUCCUGGAUGAAUGGCUAGAAAAAAAUUCUCCACAACGCUCAACAGUGUUUUAAACCUGCUUUUGAAUAUAAAUACAUUUAUUGAAAUGUGUGUGAGCUUGAUAUAAAUGUACAACUCCAUGACAAUACAGUUUUCUAAGAUUGCAAAUAAAAUAUUUAAUACCACA